ACUACAUAGCCAUAUAAUCUUUUCAAGUUUGCUUCAUAAUCAAUAUCCAUACACAAUUGGACCGACGUCGCCUGACGCGGCGGCGAUGACGACCGUUGCGGUGGCCGUACGCGGCGACAAACGUGGCAGAGCCGGCGGCCAAGGCAGCCAUCGUGCUGUACAUUUUGCGGUGGAGAACCUCUUGCCACAAGCAGAUCGAUUUAUCCUUGUUCAUGUCAUGCCUGCCAUCACUUCAAUCCCUACUCCAUUGGGAAAUAACAUCCUCAUCAAGGACUUGGACGCAAAUGUGGUGGCAAUGUAUGUGCAAGACAUGAGGUCAAAAAGUGAAGAAAUCUUUACCCCUUUCAAGAAACUAUGCAAAACAGACAAGGUGGAAACUUUGGUUCUAGAGGAUGACAAGCCCGCUAAUGCUCUUCAGAGAUACAUAUCUGAGACAAAUAUCAGUAGUUUAGUAUUGGGCUCUUGCUCUCUUAAUUUCAUUUGGAGGAAGUUCAAGGGCCCUACAGUACCAUCAACUGUUUUGAGAUAUGCACGAGACAGUUGUGAAAUUUAUGUUGUAUCUAAGAGUACAAUCAUUACAAGAGAGGCCAAUCAUUUGACUACCAAUGGCACCAGCGCCAGACUCCUGAAAUUUACUCAGAGAGAAUUUAGUCAAAGUUACAGUGGCAUUCAUAAGCAAAUAUCCAAGUUUCAUUCAUCUAUGGAUUCCAAUGUUCACAAAACCUUUGAAGCCUCGUCAAUAUCAGAAUCAAGUUUUGCAAGUUCUCAAGCUUUUAUGCAUAAGGACUCUUGUAAAGGUGCUGUUUUAGAACUAGGAAUGAGUGCUAAAACAUUGGGGGAUGGUGACCUUGAAACUCGUAUUGUUGAGCAAUGCAAUUCUUUGGCUUCUGCAAACAGUGUUCAGUCAGAUAUGCAAGCUGAAGUAGAACAGCUGCGUCUUGAAUUGCGAAAUACUCUUGCAAUGUACAAACGAUCUUGUGAAGAGUUAGUGUAUGCCCAAAAUAAGGUCCAGUUGGUUUCUUCUGAAUGCCUGGAAGAAGCAAGAAGAGUGAAGGCUGCCCUGGAAAGGGAAGAAGCUUUGAGGAAAGUUGUUGUUGAAGAGAAAGCAAAGUAUUUGGAAGCCAUGAAAGAAGUGGAGUUGGCUAGAAGCCUUCUUGCUAAAGAGGUAUAUGAAAGGCAGAUGGUCGAACUCAGUGCUCUCAAAGAUUCAUCGGAGAGACAGAAAAUUGUUGAUGCACUUUUGUUAAGUGACAAGAGGUACAAAAUGUACACAAGAAAUCAAAUAGAGAGUGCAACAGAUUUCUUCUCUGAGUCUAAUGUCAUAGGAGAAGGUGGGUAUGGGAAAGUUUACCGAUGCAAUCUUGAUCACACCCCUGUGGCUGUCAAGGUUCUCCAUCCAGAUGCAUCUCCCAGAAAAGAGGAAUUUCUGAGAGAGGUUGAAGUUCUUAGCCGCCUACAUCACCCACACUUAGUUCUGUUGCUUGGAGCCUGUCCAGAGAGCGGUUGCCUGAUAUAUGAAUACAUGGAAAAUGGAAACUUGGAGGAGCACAUUCUACAGAAGAAGGGCAGACCACCCCUUCCUUGGUUUGUUAGGUUCCGGAUAGUCUUCGAGAUAGCUUGUGGGCUUGCAUUCCUACAUGGUGCAAAACCUGAGCCUAUUGUUCACCGGGAUUUGAAACCUGGCAAUAUUUUGUUGGAUAGAAAUUAUGUGAGCAAAAUUAGCGAUGUCGGGAUGGCUAAACUCAUCUCAGAUGUUGUUCCUGACAGCGUCACAGCAUACAGAGAUUCCAUGCUUGCUGGUACCCUCUUCUACAUGGAUCCAGAGUAUCAAAGAACUGGCACCCUCAGACCCAAAUCAGAUUUAUAUGCUUUGGGAGUAAUUAUUUUCCAAUUGUUGGCAGGUCGCCAUCCAAAAGGGCUUCUGUCAAUAAUUGAAAAUGCCAUUUCUAAUGCUAACUUUGCAGAUGUGCUAGAUAAGUCAGUUUCAGAUUGGCCACUUGCUGAAACAGAGGAAUUGGCUCACAUUGCGCUGAAAUGUUCAAGACUCAGAUGCAGGGACAGGCCUGAUCUGGAUACUGAAGUGAUGCCAGUUCUCAAAAAACUCGCUGAUAUUGCAGAUGCUAGUGCAAAGGUAGGAAGAGACAAUUUUUCUGCACCAAGCCACUUCUUCUGUCCGAUCCUUCAGGUAAUAAUGGAGGAUCCACACAUUGCAGCUGAUGGUUUUUCAUAUGAGCAUAGGGCAAUGAAGGCAUGGCUUGAGAGACACAAUGUGUCACCUGUGACAAAGCUCAGGCUCAAGCAUACUACACUUACUCCGAAUCACACUUUACAUGCUGCUAUACAACAGUGGAGAUUACGUAUGAAAUUUUCAGGGGUCUGAACUGGGAAGAUGAACGCCCUGCAUUUAGGAGCAUAGAAUUCAGAUUUUGUAUUUGAAUUUGUGUAGAUUUAGACAAAACAUAAUAUAAAAUUGUAUUGAGUUUUUUUUAAAUCUACACAAAUUCAAUUGAAUUUGUAGUCUCGAAAUUUAUGAUUCUAAACACUACUCUAACAUGCAUUAAUUCAAACAGGCUUCACUCUGCACAAACUGGGGGCAUUGGCUCUUUUCCUUUUUAUCUUUUUGAAUUUUUUGGAGGAAGUUUGCCGAAGAAGAUAGGUGAAUGUUGAAUGCAGGAUUGAACUCUAGUGCCAUGACAAAAUUUAUAUAAAUGUAAAUAUUUGUAUCUUUUGUACAUCUGAAUAUUCAAUAAAUAUUGGAAAGGUGUUGGAAAA